UCCAGUGGAUAUCUAUGUGAUAACCCUCACCAUUUUUGGUAUAAAAGCUGACUGACGUUCAGGUGGCUGUAUCAUUUUGAUUAUAAUCUUACUUGAGCAGUAAGUAUCAUAAAAAAUGAAGGUGUUCGUUGUAAUCGUCGCCCUGAUGGCGGUGGCUGCGGCCAGCCCUCUCGCCAGGAACGCCAAAGUGUCCGACGCUGAGAUCGCCAUCAUCGUGGCUGCCAUCCAGAGCCCCAGCACCGAUCCCGCUACCGCUGCCAUCCUUGAGGCCCAGCUCCAGGCCAUCCUCGCCGGAGGCAACCCCAUCGCCAUCAGCCCAGUGGUAAUCGACCCAACUCCCGCCAUUGUCGACAACGUCGAGCCCAUCGCCGUCGGCCCUGCCAUCAUUGACCAGCUCGCCCCUAUCGCUGUUGGUCCUGCUAUCGUGGAUUUCCCCGUCGAGGUGGCCCCUAGCCCCGUCAUUGUUGCUCCCAGCCCCGUUGUGGUUGAGCCCGUGCCCGUCCUCAACCCCAAGCCCACUCCCCCCGCCGCCGUCGUCGAGCCUUCCCCUGUUGCCACCCUCCCCGAUUCCGCUGCCGUAUCCACCGUGUCAGCGUCUCUUGUCCAGAUCAUCCUGAACAUCAAUCAGGCCGCGACUACCCCUGUAGUUCCCCCUGCAGUUGCGGAGGCUCCCAUCGCCGUUGACCCCGUCACCGUCGUCGACCACGUCCCCGUCGACCCCUCCCCCGUGAUCGUGGCCCCCGCCCCCGUGGAUCCCGUCGUCGUUGUGGACCAGCCCUCUAUCAUCCCCGACCCCGUGGUGCUCCCCACCCCCGUGCUUCCUGAGGUGGUCCCCGAGCCCGUGGUUCUCCCCGCCCCCGUCCUCCCCGAGAUUAUCCCCGCCCCCGUGGUCCUCCCCAGCCCCGUGCUGCCGGAGCCCGUCGUCAUCCCUGAGGCCGUCAUCACCCUCCCCGAGGAACUUAACUAAGCAUUUGAUGUGAGAAAUUCUCUGAUGAUCACAUUCCACUGUUAUAGGGAUGUUCGGACUUUGUAAAAACACCUUGAAACGCUUGUAUGUCCAACAAACAAACAAAUAAAUUUAUGUGAAUAAAGAUCUGGUCCCAAU